AUAGUCAUUAAAGGAUUAAGUAAUGUACGUGACUGGGAUUGGUCGAUGAUAAUAGGACUUCAAUGAUUGGUUGAUCAAAUCGAAGGCCGCUUUUAUGAUAGUAUACAGGAAUUUUAUAUAGAUUACUAAUUUCUAGUGCAAUACUAAUAUAGUUCACUGUUAUCAUUCUGAGUGAAUCCUGUACAAAAACAAAAAGAUUAAUUUAAAAGCAAUACUUUAUAUAAAAGUCUUGAUUAUGGUUUUUUCUGUUGUGUACUUGACCGCCACCUAUCUGUACAAUUUUUAUUGAAGAAUAUACUGGGUAAUAUAGACUAUUUUAUACGGCGUUCAAUAGAUUUCAAUCAUCAAAUAAGAAAGCACAAAAAAUAAUAUAUAAUAUAAAAAGUUUAAAUUAUAACAUCUAUAAAAAUGAGUUCCAAAUUUCUAUUUAUAGAAUCCAUGGAGAUUCUUAGUACUAUACCACAAUAUUACUCUUUGUUAAAAAUAUUUACAGUACUUUUAUUCUUAUGGUUCAUUGUCAAAAAAUUAUACCAUAGAGAAAAUAUAACAGAAGAUGAAUUGAACAAAAAGUUAGCAGAAUGGAGACCGGAACCAUUAGUACCUGAAGUAGAUCCUAAUCAUCCAUCUCUUCAUCCUUUAAUAGUUAACUCUAGAAGUGGUAAAGAGAUAUUAAUUAACGGCAAGAAAUGCCUUAAUUUGGUAAGUCACAAUUAUUUAGGCCUAACGGAAAGUAAGGAAAUAGAAACAGUUGCAAUUAGGACUGUAAGAAAAUAUGGAAUUGGAUCCUGUGGUCCACGUGGUUUUUAUGGUACUGUUGAUGUUCAUCUUGAAUUGGAAGAAAGAUUAGCUAAAUUUACAGAAACCGAAGAAGCUAUAGUAUUUUCUUAUGCAUUCAGUACUAUUUCUACUGCCAUACCUGCGUAUUGUAAAAAGGAUGAUCUAGUGUUCGUAGAUAAUAAAAUAAAUUAUGCCAUACAAAAAGGAUUAGAUGCUUCUAGGUCAACGACUAAAUAUUUUAAACAUAAUGAUGUUCAACAUCUACACGAGCUGCUGUUAGAACAAGAUAAGAAGGAUAAACAAAAUCCUAAAAAAGCUGCUAAAAUCAAACGCUUCUUAAUUGUAGAAGGAAUUUAUGCAUACACGGGACAAAUUUGUCCUUUACCUGAGUUAAUCGUAUUAUGUAAGAAAUACAAAUUAAGAAUAUUCAUUGAUGAAUCUAUAUCGAUUGGAACUCUUGGAGCUCAUGGAAAAGGAGUCGCAGAACAUUUUGGUGUUCCUAGGCAAGACAUCGACAUGAUUAUGGGAUCCUUUGAAACAGCUAUGGGAUCUAUUGGUGGAUUUUGCGUUGGUACUUCUUUUAUUAUAGAACAUCAACGUUUAGGUGCUCUUGGAUAUUGCUUUUCGGCAUCAUUAGCACCACUUUUAACAACGGCAGCUAUUACUGCUAUAAAUAUUAUGGAAAAAAGUCCGUUUAUGUUUAAAUGCUUGAAAGAUAAAUGUAUAGCUGUGGAUAAUGCUCUUAAAGAAGUGCCAUAUAUUGAAACCUCAAGCUUUGCGGAGUCUCCUUUAAAACAUUUAUAUUUGAAAGAAAAGAGAAAUUACUUGGAAGAAAGCAAAAUUCUUAAUUCUAUUUCUAAAAGGUGCAUUGAAAAUAAUUUAGCUAUAAUAAGUCCAAUUUAUCUGGAAACUGAAUACGAACAACCAAGACCUAGUUUGCGUCUAUGUGUCUCUGUAUCAUUAGAGGACGAUGAUAUCAAUUUCGCGAUCUCUACAUUAAAGAAAUGUGUUGAAGACAUUUUAAAAUAAUAAGAAACGUAACAUACUUAUAAAAAGAGAAAAAUAGAUAAUAAUUUGAAAACAAUAUUUAC